AUGGCGGCUAGAAAUAGACCUAGAAAUGGUCUGACUAAGGAUGAUGGGUCUGAUGCCCAUGAAGAGAGCAUCAUGUGGACCUCGAUCGUCAGUGGGCUCCGUAAGCUUCAAACUAUCCAAGCAAAAGCGUCAGAUAUCGCGAAGCAACAAAUAGACUUGGAGUCAAAAUUGCAAAACUCAACACCUACGGUCAAGGACAUUGAUGAGUUACAAGAGCUCUACCGAGAAGGAGUGAGGUUGGCCGAGGAGGAGCAGAAGAUCUUGAAUGAGGAGCCAAGUGAUAUCAUUAAGAACAUUGGUAUUCUAGCUGCUCUACGUGCGGCGAGCGAGACUGAGCCGGUCAGACAAGCUCAAACGAUAAAGCCUCGCAACCCGAAACGACAAAAGAUCGAGACUGAUGGGGCAGCUGAUUCACCCUCUGUGUCGCCCGGCAUCGCGCCUGCUGUUAAUAAGCUCAAAAUUGGUGGUGUCAUGAGGAGUGUGUCAGUUCCGCGGCAACCAGAACCGAUCGUGAAGAUUGAAGAGGGUACCGAGAGUAAUAAGCCUCUACCGCUGGAGAAGGUGAACAAGCUUGUCAUAGGAGCAGAUGUAGCUUAUAAGCAGGCAAAGCCAAAGGAGGACGGUAGUCAAUGGAUACAAUGCAUUAUUACUAACAUUACUGGUGAGGGCAAUAAGAAGAAAUACGAAGUACAAGAUCCAGAACCCGAAGAUCAAGGGCCUGGUCAGGUUUGGAAGACUUCAGCCAAUACAUUGAUUCCCAUUCCUGCUGCAGACACUGUUCUCCCUGAUUUCCCAAUCGGUAAGACGGUUUUGGCACGGUAUCCAGAGACGACGACAUUCUACCGAGCGGAAGUCCAAGGUCUCCGAAAAGACAAUUAUCGAUUGAAAUUCGAGGAAGAUCAGGGCCAGGAUACGGACGUUGCGCGGCGGUUUGUGCUUGAUUGGGGGAGGUGA